AUGAACAAGCCUGCCCUCGAUCAUAUGCCCCCAGAGAUUCUGGCCGACAUAUGCUGGCAUCUUUGCAGCCACUACACAAAUGACCAUCUCAGUCACUAUCCCCAGCCAAAGUCACUCGCAACUCCUGAUCCAAGAAAGCUAUGGGAGAAGCCAUCUGCCGAGGUCGCCACCGGCCUUCCGAGUCUUGCACGCACUUGUCUGGUCCUGAACAACGCCGCGACGCCAUACAUUUACCACAACAUCGAUGCAAAAGGAUGGUCAGAGCAGAAGAUCAAUGAGUUCUUUAAAGACCGCCGCCAGCUACAUAAGAGAUGUUUCAUCCGGCGCUUGAUCUAUGAGCUCGACCCGUUCCCCCUGUACACUCUGCUAUACAGGAUGCCUGAUCUGGAGCUACUCUGCUUGGUAGACCGUGGCACCUUCGGCCAAACACUCGCAAGUGAAGGCCAGAAAAGGCUACAUGAUCUGCGAUAG